CGCACACAUGACAUGGGGCACGUUGUUUACACUAUUCUAACCUAGUUACUUCCGAUUAUGUUGUUUGCUGUGUAGUUAUUUUAUGUAAACUUGUGAAAAUGGUGAAAAAAGAUAAAAAGUCUUCGAUAUCUGAAGACGAUGCAGUGUCUCAGGUAGUAAAUGACAACGGAAAACGGCCUGCUGAGGCUGAAAACAAAGAUGGGAAAAAGCGUUUGAAAACCAGGAGUUUGUACCGGCAACCGACUGUUAACGAACUCAAUCGCCUUCAAGAAACGGAAACCUUGUUCAACUCUAAUCUGUUCCGGUUACAAGUGGAAGAAGUGCUUCAGGAAGUGAAAGUCAAAGAAAAAACUGACAAGAAAUUUCAACAAUGGUUUACUGACUUCAAAAACUAUUUAGAUUCUAUUCCUGAAGAUGACACAGAGUACGAUUUAACAGAGCAGACAUUAGCUAAAAAGCUCAAAAUUAAAUUACCUAUAAGUAGCAAUCUGUCUAAGACAAAAUGUAUGUUUAAAUUUCAUAAAUUCAAAAGUGUUGACAUUGUUGGAUCGUAUGCUCUGAAUUGUGCUAUUAAUUCAAAACUUAGAAUCAACAUUCAAAUUGUAGCACCAGCAGAAACCUAUACUAAGAAUGACUCAAUAAACUACAGAUACCACAAGAAGCGAGCAGCAUAUAUAGCUUACAUCGCUUAUCAUUUAAACAAAUUUGAUUCCAUAGAAGAACUAAAAUACACCUGUUUAAACAGUUGUGAAACAAAACCUGUUAUAGAUAUCAAACCUACAGGAAAACUAGCUAACCAUUUCACGGUACGGUUGGACGUUGUGUGUGAAUCUGAUGCAUACAAAUUGCAUAGGUUCAGUCCGAUGAGGAAUAACCUGAGAGAAUCUUGGUUACUUAAUGAAGAACCGCAGGAAAAUGUACAUAAUGUUGGCCCACCUACUCCACACUACAACUCAACCGUUCUAUCGGAUUUGACUGCUUGUGAAAAUCAAGAAUUUCUUAAUGAAACCUUGUUGAAAUGUGAGAAUUUGAAGCAAGCAGUAGUGUUGUUGAAGAUUUGGCUUCGUCAACGUAACCUCCAAGUGUCUGGACAUGUUAUUAGUAUGUACGUCGCAUACUUGGUCGGCACAAAGAGGAUUAAUAACAUCAUGAGCAGCUACCAGAUUGUUCGGAAUGUUUGGAUAGCGUUGAAAUCAUCAGAAUGGGACACAAAAGGCAUCACCCUUCACAAAGGCGACGACUCCCCAUCCAUAUCGGAGUUCCUGGAACACUUUCCCGUAGUAUUCCUCGACAAGACAGGCUACUAUAACUUGUGUUGGAAUGUGUCUACUGGAACAUAUGCUGCUUUAAAACGGGAAUGCACUCUGGCUGUUGAUAUGUUAGAUAAUUCACGUAUAAACAGCUUUAUUCCCCUGUUCAUGGUGCCUGUUAAACCGUUGAUGGAGUUUGACUAUAUUUUGAGAUUUAAAAACCUCACCAAACUCAAACAAUCGAUUGUAAGCAGAGCUUCCAAAGAGACGAAAUUGAACUACGGCGUGGAUCAACUCUCGCUGGUCGUUGCAGCCCUACAUGCGCUCCUUGCUAAGGGGUUAGGGGACAGAGUAGAUCUUAUACAACCAAUGAUCGAGGCUGAUUUCUCUUGGUCUGUUAAAAAGAGUCUGGAAAAGGCAAAGAAAGAAGGAUUUGAAGAGAAAUUGUCAUUUGGCUUCAUAUUAAAUCCUGAGAAUGCCUUGAAUGUAGUUCAGAAAGGACCAUCCGCUAAUUUGCCUGAGGCUGAGGAAUUCAGGGCAUUCUGGGGCGAUAAGUCGGAGCUGCGUCGCUUCCAAGAUGGCGCCAUUACAGAGACCGUCGUGUGGAGCGCCGACACGCUCAGCGAGCGACGCGGGGUGGCCAGACAGAUCGUCGACUACCUAUUGCAGCUUAAAUACGACAUCUCUCCGUCGGAGUUGUUCCACGUGUUCGACCAGCUGGACAGCUUGACAGCUCGCAAGCAGUACGCGGCGGAGUGCGAGGAGAGUUCAGUGGCCGCGCUGCGAGCGUUCGAUGAGCUGCGCCGCGACCUGCGCGCGGUCGCCGGGCUGCCCUUGGACAUCAGCGCCGUCUACGGAGUGUCCCCGGUAUUCAGUUACUGCGACCCGUUGCCGCCGCUGCCGUCGGGGCCGGUACGUAAGCCGUGGCAGCGUGGCGCCACCUGUCUCAUCAAGGAUAUCACCAGGGACGACGGCACAACUUGCGUUCCCGAAUAUACACCCGUUUGCAGGGCUGUCGUUGAGUUGGGUCACAGUGGCAAAUGGCCGGGUGAGAUAGAAGCGUUUCGCUGUCUCAAAGCAGCUUUCAACCUUCAAAUCGCCGAAUGUUUGACUAAGCAAUACUCCUUACCGACCCAGGCAUAUCCAACCCACAUAGACGUGCUGAAACAAGGACUGGUGUUCAGACUACAGAUAGCCCACCCUAAAGAGAUCACCUUGCUAAGGAGAGAGGUGGAGAGAGGAGUAGUCAAGUAUAGAGAGACGGAGGAGAGUAGCAGAGUUCAAAGAGAGACCAUACUGAUGCCAAGGCUUAGAGGAGCUUUGCAUGGUCUUCACCAAAAGCACCCGGCGUUCGGCCCUACAGCUUGCAUAUUCAAGCGGUGGCUCGCGGCCCACUUGUUAUCUCCACCACACUUCCCCACCACCCUGGCGGAGCUCCUCACAGCCGCCGUGUUCCUCCACCCAGCUCCACUGACUGCUCCACUAACUCCUCUAGCUGGGUUUGCGAGGGUCUUAUGGCUGCUAGCUGAGACAGAUUGGAACACGGAGAUGAUUCUUCUGGAUUUUAAUGAGGAUAUGAAGCCUGAAGAAAUAGCAGAGAUAGAACGUAAAUUCUCGGAGCGUGACGCGACGGCGCCGUGUAUAUACGUGGCGACGUCCCUGGACGGCGCGCUGCCGGCCGGCUGCUGCGGCGCGGCGCGGCCCGCCGUGCGCCGGGCGCAGCUGCUGGCCCGCAGCGCGCGCGCCUACCUGGAGGAUGCUCUACUCAAACAAUACAAAGAUAAUAUACUGGCAGCCUUCGUCCCUUCCUACUCCGGCUAUGACGUGCUAAUCCACCUGCAUGACAGCGCAGUCCCGUUCGCUACGGAGCGUGUAGACAGACCAGCGUUAUUGAAAGCCGCGCCCGGAGACACGGCUGACAUCAUACCGGUGGUGGAGUUCCAUGCCGUCGAUAGAUAUUUGGAAGAGCUGAGGAGUGCGUACGAGGACUUCGCUGUGUUUUUCCACGACUGCUACGGCGGUGACGUCAUCGCCGUGCUCUGGAAGCCAGAUGUCGAUGACGACAGAGAAUUCCAGCUAUCAAACGCAAAUGCCCUUAAACCAAUCAAGAGGAAAGGCGAAGUGAAACACAAGGUGAACAAGGCAGCCAUAGUGGAAGACUUCAGGAUACUGGGCGCAGGACUUGUAAGAGAUAUCACUGUUAAUACGUAGUUAUAUGUAUAUUGUUUAGCACUAGUAAUAAACGAUUGGUACUAUGUA